GCUCAUCCAGGAUCCCACCGCACUCAGGGAUACUUGGAUCUUUCGGGCUGGAUGCUGUAGCUCAGUCUUGGCCUGGUGUGUGUGAGUGUGUGUGAGGUCCCUGCAUCGCCCCGCGUGCAGACAUGGGCCCCUGGAUUACUGUGCUCCUGGCCGCCAUCGCCCUCACUCGGGUGAAUACCGUCUCCUGCCAGGAAGACGCCAAGAGCGACACUUGUGUGGACAAUGGUCAAGUGUACGCCAACAAAGAAAUGUGGAGCCCUGAGCCCUGCCGGAUCUGCGUGUGCGAGUCCGGCAGCGCCAUGUGCGAGGCCGUGGUUUGCGAGGACCUCGGCGACUGCGCCCAGACCGUGACCCCGGAGGGCGAGUGCUGUCCGGUGUGCGUCAACCCGCCGUCCGUUUCUACCGCGGACCCUUCCGCAGCUCCGGCGGAGUCGGAGGGCCUGAGCUGCGAGGUGGAGGGCGAGCUUCACCCCCACAACGAUAUCUGGAAGCCCGUGCCGUGUCGCGUGUGCGUGUGCGACAACGGCGUGAGCAUCUGCAGCGACGUGCAGUGCGAGGCCGUCCCCAACUGCCAUCAAAUGGUCACGCCGGAAGGAGAGUGCUGCCCAGUGUGUGAGAACCUGGCCAGCGCCACCAGACACAUCGAAAUCAUGAGCUAUAGGGGACAGAAAGGUGAACCAGGCGACAUCCCCCAACUGGUGGGACUCCCCGGACCCCAUGGGCCCCACGGUCGUCCAGGUGCUCCGGGUAGACCUGGAUUGAGGGGUUUUAAAGGCCGCAGGGGAUACCCAGGACCUCAAGGCUUUGAUGGAGAGCCUGGCAUACCUGGAAACCCAGGCCAAUCGGGCCCCCCGGGUCAUCCUUCCCUUCCUGGGGGCAACUUUGUAUCACAAAUGGCGUCGGGUUUCAACGAGAAGUCCGCGGGCCAGACCGCCAUGCUCACAUCAAACAGGGGUGAAGUAGGACCACGAGGGCCACCUGGAGCAUCCGGAGUGCCGGGUCCAAGUGGAGGUCAGGGACUCCCAGGAGAGCACGGAGAACCAGGACAAAUGGGUGAACAAGGUGUUCGAGGACCGGAAGGAUUGCCAGGAAAACCUGGAGUUGAUGGGGAGCCCGGACCUGUGGGUGCUCCGGGAGAAAAUGGAUUCCCAGGAUCAUUGGGUGCUCGUGGGUUACCCGGUACUCCAGGUCUUCCUGGUCAUAAAGGUCACAAGGGUUUGCAAGGCACUUUUGGUCCCAGGGGCGAGUCCGGACCUGUUGGUGUCAAGGGUGGUUCUGGAACUCCUGGUGCGAUGGGUACUACUGGCCCAGCGGGUCCGCCAGGAUUACUCGGAGAAAGAGGACGAGCGGGGCAACCUGGAUCUCCCGGAAAGCGUGGUGUGUCGGGACAUGUUGGCAAACCAGGACCUCUGGGUGCGAUUGGAAUCCCUGGUGUACCGGGCUUCCCAGGUGUCCUUGGACAGAAGGGUGAAGUGGGACCAAUUGGUGUGCGAGGAAGUCUGGGGCAGCAGGGACCCAGAGGAGAUGCGGGCCACGUUGGACCACCAGGGCCCACUGGACAGCAGGGAGCCAUGGGGCCUGAUGGAGCACCAGGGACCAGGGGCAUAACGGGUUUGUCAGGUGUCCAGGGUCCGUCGGGACUUUUAGGUAAAGUUGGGCCCCCAGGCCCUCAGGGAACCACAGGAAUACAUGGACCAAAAGGCCAAGAUGGUGAUGUUGGCGUGGCCGGUGUCAAAGGAGAAGCUGGAUUUAAAGGCGAAAGAGGGGACCAUGGCGUUCCAGGUGUGAUCGGUCCUAUGGGAGAUGAUGGCAAACGUGGACCUCGAGGUGAUGCUGGGUCUGUGGGCGACCCAGGACCUGCAGGCGAGACCGGUCCCCCUGGUAAUCGCGGGUUCCCUGGCACGGAUGGUUUUGCUGGUGCAAAGGGAGCACAGGGCGAGAGAGGCCCGCCAGGGACAACCGGCACUAAAGGCCUGACCGGAGAUGCGGGACGACCUGGAGAGACCGGUUUAACUGGCGCUCGGGGCCUGUCUGGAAUUAUCGGCGCCGAAGGAUCAGAAGGCAAGCCGGGGCCGCAGGGCGCAGCAGGAGAUGACGGCAAACCGGGUCCAGCUGGUUCUGCAGGAGGUCGAGGUUUAGCUGGACCCAUGGGCCAGCCUGGACCAAAGGGCCUUACUGGCGAUGGCGGGAAGAUUGGUGAGGCUGGCAGUUCUGGCCAACCAGGUCAAAGGGGCGUCAACGGAAAAGACGGCGAGGAGGGAGCUGCCGGUCCAGCUGGUCCAGCGGGUUCUGCAGGAAAGAGAGGCGAGCAGGGACCACAGGGACCGAUUGGGUUCCAGGGUUUGCCUGGAGUUCCCGGACCACCUGGAGAAUCUGGCAAACCCGGAAAUGAGGGACUUGUCGGAGAGGAAGGCGCCGAUGGAGCUUCAGGAUUGAGAGGAGAAAGAGGUGCUCCAGGUGAAAGAGGUGAAACUGGACCCAAAGGACUGCUGGGGUCUAAAGGUAGUCCGGGUAGCCCAGGCCCAGAUGGACUAAAGGGGAAACCAGGUACCAAGGGAGCUUUUGGAGAGGCAGGAAGUCCAGGACUUCAGGGGAUGCCAGGGGAAAGAGGCAUCUCAGGAGUUCCGGGACCAAAGGGGGAUGUGGGCUCUGUUGGGGACGCAGGACAAGAAGGCAAAGCCGGAGUCGAUGGGACUCGGGGUGCAUCUGGUCCUGUUGGACCUCCAGGCUCCACUGGUCCCAAUGGUGCCAAGGGUGAACCAGGAUCACCGGGACCCAAUGGCCGUCGAGGGACUAGAGGAGUACCGGGUAUGGGAGGUCAACCUGGUUCCACUGGUGCUGCCGGGUUCCCUGGACCAUCAGGUGCUGAGGGUCAGCCUGGUGCUAAAGGUGACACCGGAGAACCAGGUCUUAAAGGAGAGGCAGGACCACCUGGACCACCAGGAAUAGCUGGAAUACCAGGUGUACAGGGUCAAGUUGGUUUGACUGGACUGAAAGGGGGCAGAGGAACACAGGGGUCAGCGGGUUCUUCUGGUUUCCCUGGCUUACCUGGAGGUGUGGGACCACCUGGUUCACUUGGAGCUGUCGGUGCAGACGGGCCCAUUGGUUUGCCAGGAAAACAAGGCCCCUCCGGUAUUCGUGGGGAAAAUGGGCCCAAUGGUCUUCAGGGAGAGAUUGGUGCCCCAGGCCCUGCGGGUGGCUCUGGGGAGAAGGGCGAAUCGGGAGAGGACGGUUCUCCAGGUCUUACUGGACCUCCGGGACCAGCUGGUGCCACAGGACAGCGAGGUGUUGUCGGUGAACCUGGAGUCAGAGGAGAGGGAGGAAUGCCAGGACUGCCUGGACCCGCGGGUCCACCUGGAAAAGAUGGAACUCCUGGAGUUCAAGGCGGCAAAGGUCCCCCUGCUGGAGUUGGUCCACCGGGAGCUACCGGGGCAAGAGGAGAUGCUGGUCCUGAGGGCGUUAUUGGUGAAGAGGGACCCCCAGGGAUGGACGGACUUGUAGGAGCAAGGGGUGAUCGAGGUGAUGCUGGUCCUGAGGGUUUGGCAGGAGGCCCAGGCUCUUUAGGAAAUGAGGGUCCAGUCGGAGUUACUGGUAGUCCAGGACAAACAGGUGAAAAAGGUGGCAAAGGCUCUCCGGGACCCCAUGGACCACCUGGAGUCCGAGGCAAAGUGGGCCCACAAGGACCACAGGGUGAUAAAGGAUCAGCUGGUGAACAAGGAGAGAGGGGCCAGAAAGGUCACAUAGGUUUUACUGGUCUCCAAGGAUUGCCAGGAAACGCCGGUACUUCUGGGGAUGUGGGCGCUCGAGGUAUUGUGGGACCAUCUGGACCAAGGGGACCUCCGGGAGUGUCGGGUCCACCUGGAAAGGAGGGGAACAUAGGCCAGCCAGGAGCCAUGGGAGCCCCAGGAAGCAGGGGAGCCAGUGGCGACAUUGGCACCCAGGGUCCCCAAGGAGAACCAGGACCUCAAGGACCUCCAGGUCCACCUGGACCACCCAGUGCGGCUAUGAUGGAAUUAUUUGAAGCUCCUCUGGAUUAUAAUGUCAAAGGCGUGACGGAGGGUGCGGAGUUCUUUAAGGAUGACAAUACGGUCAACCCCCCUCCACUCCCAGAAUUUAACAAAGACGAGGCCCUUCCUAAUCGGAAUCCCGCCGUCGUCGAUGUUGCACUCAAGACCCUCACCAGGCAUUUGCAGAACCUCCGUAGUCCGGAUGGGACCAAAGAGAACCCUGCAAAAACAUGUCAGGACAUCAAGCAAUGCUAUCCUCAGAAAACAAACGGCGAGUACUGGAUCGAUCCAAACCAAGGAAACACAAAAGAUGCCAUCAAAGUCUUCUGCAACAUGGAAAGUGGUGAAACUUGCAUCUCUGCUAACCCAGCCAACAUUUCCCGCAAAUCCUGGUGGACAAAAUCCACUCCAACCGCCAACAAACCCGUCUGGUUCGGAGCCCACAUGAACGGCGGAACACGAUUCCUCUACGGCAACGGCGAGGAGAAGCCAAACGUUGUGGCGGUCCAAGUGAAGCUCCUGCAGCUUCUCUCCAAGGAGUCCCGCCAGACCAUCACCUACCACUGCAAGAACAGCGUGGCCUACAAAGACGGCAAAGGCUACCUGAAGAAGGCCCUGGUUCUAAGAGGCGCCAACGGUCAGGAGCUGAGGGCCCAGGGCAGCAACCGCCUGAGGUACGCCGUCAUGGAAGACGGCUGCGCGAAACCCACCGGCGGCUGGGCUAAGACCGUGUUGGAAUACAGAACUCAAACCCCAGUCAGGCUGCCAAUUGUGGACGUGGCGCCCAUGGACAUUGGAAAGGCCGAUCAGGAGUUCGGCCUCGACCUGGGACCUGUGUGUUUCUCAUAAAAGCUCAAACGGGGGGGGAAGGGGAUUAUAAUUUUUCUGUAUGACAAUCCGAGAAAAGGACUGGAUGAAGGGCACACCAUCGCCGUCACGUGUGUGGCGUGGACCCGAGACGCGCGACUAUUAUUUAUUCAUCUUGUCCGGGAAGACCGUCACCUCGUCUUUGGAGUGAAGAUGUGAAGUAACGCCCCCGUACUUCCAUUACUUGACUUGUUUGACAGCGGUAUUAUUUAAAGGGGAACAUUAUCACAAUUUCAAAAGGGUUAAAAACAAUAAAAAUCAGUUCCCAGUG